AUGACUGAAAUGGAACCUUCUCAGCGAGAUGCCCAGCCGGCGACGUCCCCGCUUACAUCUAACGGGGAGGGGUCUCCCUCACCCGUAAAGGCAGCGGCCCCCAAGCCCGGCAGAAAGCUGCCUGGGUGGCUGGAUCACUUCAAUGCCCGCGAUCUUAAGAUGCUGUUCCGUUGUUCGCUAGCUGCGUGGGUGGCGAUGCUGUUGGUUUUCAUCAUGCCGUCCCUAAGCGUCAUUGGUACUGCGACGUUUUUUGCAGCUCUGGUACUCUUCAUGGUGCCUCCGACCGGCAUUGUUUUCCUUUUCGUUUUAGGAACUCUGACCUUGAUCAUUGGUAUGGCUUUGGGCUGGGGCUGGGGUGUCGUCGUCAUGAAGGCAGCUAUGGCAGCCAGACCGGCGGCCGAGACCCAGGCCAGGCUUCAAGCCCUUGGACAGACCGCACAGAGCCAGGCCAAUGCCACCGGACGGCCAGUCGCAGUUGUCCAGCAGGAGCUUGUCUACACCGGUUGGAUGCUUGACUCCCGUGUCACAGCUGUCUAUUAUUGCCUAAUUUGUUUGUUCAUCUAUUUAAUCUCUCGUCUUCGGGCUAUGAAUCCCAAAUUCAUCCUGAUGCAGAUUUUCGCAAUCAUCAUCAUCGAUGUUUCUCUGACCAUUGGCCCGCUGCUUCCAUCGUUUAACGGUACUAUCCCCAAGGUCUUGAUUGAGCCUGCCGCUAUUGGAAUUGGGCUGGGCCUGGUCUCUCAUUUCAUCUUUUUCCCUCGAUCCACCUCCCAUGUCGUGCUUGGUGGCAUGGAGGAUCUGGUGCGGCUACUCAAAGGACCGCUGGAUGCUACGGAGAACAGUCUUCUGAAAGGUGAAGACUUGGCUAUGGCAGAUUUGCAAAAGAUCAAGGUGAAGGCCGUUGCUGCUUACAAGGAUCUCAAACCGGCACUUAGCUUUUUGCCAUUGGACUUUUCCGUCGGUUGGUGGGGUGCUGACGAUGUCAAGACCAUGAAGAAACCGAUUCGCCAGGCUUUGAUAAAUAGUUUGUCGCUUUUAGAAGUCCACAUCGCCCGCAUCGGGGGAUACAAGAAGCUAGAAAAGCUACACCAGUUCACUGUGGAUCGGGAUUCCGAUACUGAAUCUCAAGCUAAUGGAAAUGAGAAAAAACGUCCACGCGAGGUUGGCAUGCGCCAGCUGAUGGAGAGUGUUAAUUUGGUACAAGCACUGCGGAGCCCGGAACAUGAAUCUAUGCGAUCGGAAACUGUCGAGGUAUUGCGCGAGUCCAGCAAGGAUAUCAUCCCGGCGUGCCAGGAAGCUGUUGAGAUCAUUGCGGAAUCCCUUAAUACGGUUAACAAGCGUUGGUUCGGUCGCCCUUCCAAGGAACAGCUCAAUCAGUUGCACGAGCGCAGUCAGACUGCGCUGCAGAAUCUUCAGGCCCUCCGCACAUCGUUUGCAACGGAAACCACCGAACGUUUGAUUGAAAUACAUGCGGAGAUCUUCGACGAAAAGGGCAUGCUCAAGGCCCUUGACGAAACUUCGUUGCCCAGAGUUCGGGGUAUCACUAUGGGAAUGGUCUUUGAAGAGCAGUUGCUCGGUGUCGUCGACGGAUGGGAGCGGGUCUUGGGACAGCUUGUCGCUCUCCUGAGUGAACGCCAGAAGAUCCGCCUGUGGCUACCCAACGGCUUGCGAUAUGCAGUCAACUGGUUCCGUCGGAAAAAUGCUGUGGCCCCUGUAAGCGCAGUUCAUAACCCAAUCAUCGAUCCCGACGUCGCAGAGACGCAGUCCAAAGCGGCACAGCACCAUCUUCGCAUCAGCAGAGGGUAUCGUGUCAACAAAGGCAGCCGCUUUGCGCGCGCUGUCAUCGGCACCUAUCACUGGUUCAUCAACCCGGAAGGUCUGUAUGCAAUGCGCAUGGUGGCUGUCACCAUCGCACUCUCUAUUCCUGCUGCGAUACCUCACACUGCGGGUUUUUAUUACCGCGAGAAAGGAAUCUGGGCCCUCAUCAUGGGGCAGACCACCCUCGUCAUAUACAUGGCCGAUUUCACUUUCUCCCUUCUCUGUCGAGCCAUUGGUACCGUUCUUGGCGGUCUGCUUGGCUUAGUUGCGUGGUAUAUCGGCUCCGGCCACGGCGAAGGUAAUCCGUACGGUCUCGCUGCUAUCAUGGCUGUUGUGGUCGUGAUUCUCAUCUUCGAGGAUACGCACAUCCCAACCUACGGCAAUCCCGGUUGGGGAUAUAAUGUUUUCUGGCGACGACUUGUGCUUGUUCUUAUCGGCUCCGCAGCGGCACUGAUCGUACAGCUCUUCCCUCGCCCACCGUCUGCGUCGCGACACGUCUGCAAGUCUCUUUCCAAUGUCAUUCGCUCACUCUCGGACCACUACGCGCUCCUCUUAUCCUGCUGGGGACAAGGGCGCGAAGAAGGCCUAGCCGCAGAGAAGCUGGCCCUUAACGUCGCUGAGAAUCUCGCCGAACUGGACGGCCCCAUCGCUUUGCUGCGCUUUGAAUUUUCCAGCUCGCCAUUUGACAGCGACCGUCUCGGCCAAGUGCAAUCGCUAUGCCAAGAUCUCAACCAAAACAUCGCUCGCCUACUUUACCUAUCUGCUUCGCUACCAGAACAUCUGCAAAGCCGCCUGGCUCGUCAAGCUGGUCUCCUUGAUCACCACAAUAUCGGCGAUGUCAUGGCUGUUCUGGGUGUGGUUGAACAAUCACUCAAGACGGGUGAUCCUCUCCCCGAGGUGCUACCAACGCCACUACUCAACCGUUGCCACGAUUUCUGGACGUCGCGCCACGUGGAUAUUAUGCUAAGCAAGGAUUUGAUCCGCGACGAGAACUAUCGCCGAUUCUGUGUUGCCGUCAGCGCAUACCUCAAGUUCCUGUCUGCAGUGGAUGACCUGGUACUUGUGAUGAAGGGUACAUUGGGCGAGUCACAUAUUGUUAGCCGUGACCUGUUGCAUGAGCAGUAUAAGGUGUAA